ACAGUGGUUCUAGAAGACGAGUUUAGGUUCAUAGCCAUCGGAAUUCUUCAUCGUUGAGCAUUUUUGCGCAAACAUGAAGUCACGUCGGAGUGGGACGAAGCAAGCAGCUUCUCAGAACUCGAACUCGGCUCUGUCAGUAACGAAUCCGAACGACGGCAUGGAUGUUGACAGCGUCGAUACAUCAGAAUUUCCUGGAGUCGAAAUUAAGAACCAAUGUCCAGUUUUCCUUCGAAUCAAAGACAACAAUCAGGUUACUCUCGACGACAUCGAUCCUUUGCAACUCGAGCUCGAAACCCUUCUGGUGGCGGUCGUUCAGCGAAAACAACAAAUUCGAGCUCAGUUGGAGGCUCUGGAUCACGACGAUACCGCACCGAUCACGGUCGCGAAAGCUGUCCCUCAGAAGGCGGAAAAGCAAAAGGCUCCAUUAUCACCUACUUUGCCGGCUCCGGGUAGCAAAAAAGCUCGGACAAGCCUUUCCGAGUCCUCGGACCUUCCGAAAACCGCAAAAAAGCCGUCCUUGAAGCCCAGAGGGAGGAAAGGAACCACUCAAAUCGUCGACGAGGCUCAGCGGCUCCCUGAACAAGCGGUACAAGGAGGUCAGAAAAGCGGUCGAUGCCCGGCAACGAAAGCACCCUCAACUCCCAAUGAUAGCAGCCAUCGUUUCUGGGCUUUCGUCGAUGAGUACUGCCGACCGCCUAGUGAAGAGCAGAUCCGGAUCCUCGAGUCGAUGUUGGCAUCACAGGCCGCCUUGAGAUCCUCAGACUACGUCAAAGUCCCACCGCUCGGGACACACUACACGGUGAAAUGGGCGAAAGACGAUCUCUUGGAAGAGCAACGCGAAGCCGCGCCCGAUAUUUCUAGCAACGAAUUGAAGGAAGAUAUGGAAAGGAUCUUGCGACAGACGGCUAAGGAGUCACUCCACGAUGAGCGAUGCGGGAAUCUCGCACACAGAUUGAUGUCCUGCUUGAUCGAUGAGAACAUCACGGUGAGGCGCGAGAAUCUUCCUGUCGUUAAGAAGAAUUCGAAAAUGCCAGCCGCGGAAAUCGCAGGUAUCGAGGAACGCAUACGAAAGGAGCUGGAAGAUCUCGGUGUGAUGCAAGCGCUCGCGGAAAAAGUGGCUGAACAGGACGACGAAGUGUUUCUCGAACUCCGAAAGUGCCAAAGUCAGCUAUUGUCGUUAGCGAGUCAGAACUGUAGCAUCUUGAGAAAAAUAAUCAAUUCGGCGUGGCGGAGGAUCGCUGAAGCGAACCUGGAGGCCCAACAGCGCCUAAUCGAUAAUGAAAUCCUAGAACACUACAGAAAACGCAAGACCAGUGCUCAGAAGAAGAACGCGCCCCCGUUGUUGAAUCCGCCCAGUAAGAAAGAGCGGGAACACCUCCAAUCCCUGUUGGAGAGACGAGAGGCUGUUUUAACAAAGCUCGCAGAGAUCGCCGACGAAGCGAAAGUCGAACCUGAAACUUGGAGUUCUCAAGCUGGUCCGGCCUGAAGUCUUCCUCACCGAAGUAUUGGAGACCUGAUCGGCCCUACGCUCGUCACCGAUUGAGAGUCAUUCUCUUUCGGGGCUCAAGAUCAUCACAUCACGCGAUCAAGUUCCUAGGGACGGUGCUCAGUUGAGGGGCGCGGAGCGACUAUAUAAAACUGGUACAUACAUACAAACAUAUAUAUUUAUAUUUCGAUAGCUAUAUUAGUAUUCAUGAAGAAUAUAUGAUGAAUCAAUCGCUGAUCUAUGACAUUGCGAAGUUGUAAGCAAAUGAGAACAGAGGCUCAAAGCGCUGUGAGUUAGGUAAAAAUUGCCUGUUUUCUUGAUGCCGGCGAGGAUCUAAGUAAUAUCACGUCU